CCCGAAUAUUGGGUAUAAAGUCGGAACAUCUCAUCCCCUGUGGCGUGGGAAACGCGGCAGAGUGAGUGAGAGAAUGAAUGUUGGGCCUUUUCCUUCCCUUUUUGAGCUUCCGUCUCUUCAAGCUCCAACUACAAAGAGCCCCAGGCUGCUGCUGCCGGGACACUUUGAUGGGCUGACUGGACGGGCGCCCAGUCUGGGAUAAGGCUGCACCCAGUGCUGAAGAACUCAUCAGAUUGAACCAUGUCCCAGAGCUCCCCUGGAGGGACAGAGACAGAGAAGCGGAAGAAAGACAGUCAGGAGGAGUGGCUUUCACUCGAAGAUGCAGAGAAAGGAGCAAAGCCGGGACAGAGGAUCCAGAGGGCAGAGGCUGCAGAGAGAAGGGUCUGCCCAUGAUGCUUUUCGCUCUCUCUUACCCUGUAAAGUCACAGUCAAAUGCUUGAUGUGUAGCGUCCUCCUUGUCGCCCUCAUCCUCUCCCUGGUGGUAGCUCUGGCAGUGGUAGCGUCUCGUCGCUAUACGCCCAGCUGCCCCGACAGCUGGGUUGGCUACCAGCGGAAAUGCUACUAUUUCUCUGAGACCGAAGGGAACUGGGACUUCAGUCGGAGCCAGUGCUUGGCCCUGGGCACCUCCGUGACUGGGAUCGAUUCCCUGCAGGAGCUGGUGAGGUUUGCUGGCAAGUGUGGAAAAAAAUGGUUUUGCGGUGGUGAUGGGAGGGGCUGGGCCAGGGAGAAGGCACAGCGGCGAGAGGGCUCCUGGCCGCAUGUCCGAGGGGCAGGACACAACAAGGGAGGGGGCAAGGGCUGUGCAUUUGAAGGCUUCUUUGAAUCUUUAUUGGGCCUUGUUCACACUGCCCCUGGAAGGGGUUUAACCCUGGAUGUGCCUUGGUUAGGCAGCCAAGGGGGAGCCAGGAGGACAUGUGGGCCCAGAGAGGCAGCUGCCAGCAUGACCAAAGGGGAAGUGCCUGCAAUGUCAUGUUUGGACAGGAGGGGGCGCCCCAGAUGGGAGGACGUGCAGCUCGGGGUCAAACCCAAUCAGUUUGAAACAAAAUGUUCAGAUCCCCAAAUCACAGCAGGAGACUGGGGGGGUUUUUUGGGAGGACGGGUUUGCAAAAUGGUCAAUUUGUUGAAACUGCUCAAUUUGGAAAAUGUUUCAGUGUCACUAAGGUGGCAUUUUCCAAUGGGGGCAAAAAGCCCAUUUGGUGUGGAAACUUUUGCACGGACCAUCCUCUGGGCUGUACAGAGCUUCUCCCCUUUCCCUAUGGAGUUUCUCUCUACUGCUCCCACGGUUCCAGGUAGCAUGCGGGGAGAAGUUUAGCAGAGCUGAAUCAUC